GUCACGUGACGGGUAGUUGCCGCGUCGAGCUCAGCUGACAGGCUCCGGGGAAGUUAGCUUUCAGCAGCUGUUUGUUUGUGAUGUGGUAAAGCAAUCCAGUUAAAAGCUGAUAUUAAAAAAUGGAGCGGUACGGGUCGGACGUGGAGGUCGACGAGCAGAGGACUCCGCUGAUUCGCCGGGGACGCGAAGAAGAAGUCCAGAAAGCUCCAGCAUGCGGUUCAUCACGCUACACCCUGGCAUUGCUUUCCUCUUAUGGCUUCUUUGUAGUCUAUUCCUUGAGGGUAAACCUCAGUGUGGCGAUGGUGGACAUGCUCAACAACACCCACCAAUCAAACCACAACCACAGUGGCACAGUGUGCCCUGGCCGUGCCGACCCUGCAGUCCGCAAACACAAUCACACGGCCAGUGUUUACAACUGGGACUCAGAAACACAGGGAUGGAUCCUGGGCUCUUUUUUCUACGGGUACAUCCUAACACAAGUCCCUGGGGGCUACCUGGCUGGCCGCUUUGGACCAAAAUGGCUGAUGGGCUUUGGGAUCCUGGGGACUGUAAUUUUUACACUGCUUACCCCUGUGGCUGCUGACCUGGGUGCAGGCUACCUCAUUGCUGUCAGAGUGCUGGAGGGGAUUGGCGAGGGUGUAACAUUCCCAGCAAUGUACACCAUGUGGGCAGCCUGGGCCCCACCGCUGGAGAGGAGCCGACUUCUCACCAUUUCCUACAUUGGAGCACAGCUGGGGACAGUAAUAAGUCUCCCUGUAUCUGGUGAAAUCAUCUUUUACCUGGACUGGACCUAUGUCUUCUAUAUAUUUGGUGCUGUUGGGCUGGUGUGGUUCGUCCUGUGGGCUUUUUUUGCCUUUGACAGCCCGAAUACCCAUCCACGAAUAUCAGAGCAGGAGAGACUCUAUAUCACCUCCUCACUCAAGAAUGAGCUGUCCACCUCGGCGAGCAACAUCCCCUGGCGAUCCAUAGUGACUUCGAUGCCGCUGUUGGCCAUUGUUGUGGCUCACUUCUCUUACAACUGGACCUUCUACACCCUCCUCACUCUGCUGCCAACCUACAUGAGUGACAUCCUUGGAUUUAGCAUACAGCAGAAUGGUUUUCUGUCGGCUCUGCCUUACUUGGGAUGUGCUGUGGUCGCUGUGCUGAGCGGCCAAAUUGCCGACUAUCUGCGAGAAACCCGCAAAUACCGCACUGUCAUUGUCAGGAAGUCCUUCACCCUCAUUGGGAUGAUUGGGCCUGCAGUGUUCCUGGUGGCAGCAGGUUAUACAGGCUGUGACUACACCUUGGCUGUGACCUUCCUCACAAUCUCCUCUUCUCUCGGAGGAGUGUCGGCAUCUGGCUUCAACAUCAACCACCUUGACAUUGCUCCUUCAUAUGCUGGUAUUCUCCUAGGAAUCACCAACACCUUUGCCACCAUCCCUGGCAUGGUGGGGCCAGUCAUUGCAAGAGCUCUGACUCAGCAGAACACCAUCGAAGAAUGGCAGAUUGUUUUCUACAUUGCUGCUGCCAUCGACCUGUUUGGGGCAAUAUUCUACGCUGUGUUUGGUAAAGGAACAGUGCAGUCCUGGGCUAUCCACACAUCCUUCUCUCAUGCAGACUGAGGCAAGAGACCCUUUCGGGUUAAAUUUUCAGAUUUGUCAAGUGGGCAAGUUUCAAACAUGGGCUCAUUCGUGGGUAAUUUAAGGGAGAGAUGUGUUCUAGCUGUAUUCAUCAUGGUCAAAUAAGUGUGUAACUGCCAUGAUACCUCGGAAAGAUGUUCUUUAAUGUGGCUGUGGGUACAUGGUCUUGAGACAGAUGAGCCCAAUGUCAGUGAUUUUAAAAAAAAAAUGUUGUAGCUGUACCUACUCAAAUAUAUUAUUUCUCAGAGGAAGAAAUCAACAUAUGCAUUCCCAAGAAGUAUCAGAGGAAGCUUUCAUUAUGAAGCCAAGCAGGCUGGUAUGUGGGGGGCAAUGAGAUGUAGCCAGUUAGUUAAGAAGCUACAGGCUGUAUAACUAACUAUAAAGGUCGGCUAAUGUAAAUCAACUUUGAUAUUUACAGAUAUUAAAUCAUUAUAAAUAAGCUAUGGAAGAAAUCAUUCCACUGUAGGUGGUUUUGUGGAUUCAACCUGCUAUACCCAAUGGUUCCUUUUUACAGAAGGGACAGUUUUAAAUGCCUCAGUAAAUCCUUAAGUUUUACAUCCAGUACAAACCGAUGCCCACCGUAAGGAUUUUUUUAAAUCUGUUACUUUGUAGCCUAUAAUGAAGUGCCAGUAGGCUUUUUUGUGAAUUUAAAAAUCCCAAACUUUUUUAAUUCAGCAUUAUGACUAUACAGUGUACACUUUUUGUUUAGGAUGAUGCCUUAAAAAGUCUCCAAGUCUUUUAUCCUUUUUUCUUAGAGAAAUGUACUUUUUUUUUUUUUUUAAUGAUUACUUGUAAUAUGGUGCAGUGUCUUGAGUUUUCAGGUUCACAAGCCAACUCUUAUUUGAGAUAGCAGGAUUUAACGUCACACGGGUUAUGAUCUUUCCAGUCUUAACACUAAGAUACCAUGCUUUUGGUACCUUAUUAAUGAAGGGACAUGGCUUUGAAUUAUUCCCCGAAUUCUCAGGUAUCUUAAAUCUUACAAGGAUUUAAAGGGAUGUUUGUUUACUUUUAUAUUUUGAUUAAUCUUAUCACAUGGAGGCAUAUUUCCUCAAGUUUUAAGUGUCAGUGUGGGGAUCGCCUUCUUUCAGUGUCGACGACCGAUUUAUUUUUUUCAUCACAUUUGCACACAUAUGUUAUACAUUAUGUACACUUUUCUUUCAUGCAUAAUCACAGUAAAGAGGUAAAUCCAAGCUAAGCUGUAAGAUUAACAUUUUGUCUUUGAAAUUUCCAAAUAUUUAUAAUGUGCCUUACUGCUUAAGUUUAAAAGGGAUCAGCAAUGCAGGCUCAUUCUUUUGAGUUCUUUUUGUUACUGACUUCAUUUAUUUCAGUUGUUAUUGUGCUUUUUUUGCACAGAGAAUAAAGGGACUAAACUGUACUGAGAAAAAAACAUUGUAAAAUUCCUCUUUCAAAACAUUUGACAGAAAUGUUUUAAAUCGCUGCCAUAUAAAGACUUUAUGUGCAAAUCAGA